ACGCAGGUUGUGCAUCCCGAGUUUGAAACAUCCUUGAGCGGGAUUUUAAUGAGGACUCUCUGACAGCAGGCGGUGAACAUUUCUAUCCUCUGAGAUGCGUCUCCACGUCAUCACCGCAGCUUUUCUCUGGGCUGCGUUUGUGGACUCGAGGAAAAUCAGAGGAAUAUCUUCAUCCUAUAAAAGGUUCUACAGGGAGAGGAAGUCCUUUUUGUGCAUAGAUGGGUCAAGAAUGAUCCCCUUCGAGCAAGUGAACGACGACUACUGCGACUGCGCAGACGGCUCUGAUGAACCAGGUACCUCAGCAUGUCCUCGUGGUCGAUUCUACUGCACCAACCUUGGUUUUAGGCCGCACUACAUCCCAUCAUCUAGAGUGAAUGAUGGCAUCUGCGCAGAUUGCUGCGAUGCUUCAGAUGAAUACAACAGCCAUGUUCGCUGCCAGAACACUUGCUGGAAUCUGGGACAAAAAGAGCGAGCAUACGUUGAGGGUCAGAUGAAGACCUUGGACGAAGGUUUGAGACUCAAACAGCAGCUGAUUGAGGAGGGGGUGCUGCUCUGGAGGGAGAAACAGGCGCAGCUCAGGGAGCUUCAGCGGGCUGCUGAAGAUCUGCAGAUCAAAUUAGAGGAGCAGAGGAGGAGGAAACAUGAGGCUGACCGACUCAAAGAGCAAACAUUAAAGGGUCUGGAAGCAAGGAAUAAAGGUUUUAGACAUCAGAACAGCACUAUAUCGCACCUUUUUCAACUACUGGACAGCAACAAAGAUGGCAGUAUAUCGGUGGAUGAAAUCAAAGCUAAAGUGGUGCUUGUCCAUGAUGAGAAGCGGGUUCUCUCUGAGGAUGAAGCACUGACCUUGUUGGGUGGAGGCCCUCAAAUGGGUCUUAGCAAGUUUGAAAACACACUCUGGGAUGUCCUGAUUCGAGGCAACAACUAUAAGAUCAAAGAUGCCUACAGUGCCCCAGGUGGUCUCAUGAGUGAGGAUCCUCACUUAAAGGCAGCUGAGAGAGCUGCAGAGUGGGAGGCUACUGACUUGAAGAAGGUAGAGGAAGCCUACGAGACAGUCAACAUGGAAAUAAGUGAUCUACAGAAGAAGCUGGAAAUAGACUAUGGGACAGAUUGGGAGUAUUUGUAUCUGAACGGCCAAUGCUACAAGCUGAAAGUUUACGAGUACAUGUAUACACUGUGCCCGUUCAAUACAGUCUCACAAAAGAGCACAUCAGGAACAGAGGUCUCAUUAGGAACAUGGGGGAUGUGGGCAGGACCGCCAAAGAACCACUACAGUCAGAUGGUGUAUGAGAACGGCGAACCGUGCUGGGAAGGAGGUUCUCGCACAACUACUGUCACGCUGACAUGUGGAACGGAGACAGCCCUGCGAUUGGUGAAGGAGCCCAGCAAAUGCCAGUACAUCAUGGACUUUGAGACUCCUGUGGCCUGUCAGCCAGUGCUAAAGCAGAGGGGCGUUCACAGCGAACUGUGACCUCCUCUUCCCUUAGCCGCCUUAGCCUGGAAUAACUUGGAACCGCGGCCUUUGUCGCCUUGCCCCUAGUGACAGGCUGAGGUCCUGAGGGUCCCCUCUGACAUCUGUGUUGUCAGAACGUAUAUACUUCUAAGCAAGUUUGACUAAGGUCAGAAAGUAUUUUUCUGUAAUGAUGUUCCAUGAACACUUUCCGUAGUUUGCAUAGACUGUUACUUAAUUUCCAUUCUGUUUCCAUAUAGCAUUUAUUGACCAAUUAUCAGAAUGGAAAAAUCAGUACACUUGCUUAGUCUUCAGUAUUUCAGCAAUAUUACAGUGUGAAAAAUAAUAAAAUGAUCCUAGAUAGAGUAUUAGAUAAGAGAAUUUGACAAUACUGUUGCAAUAUAUUCCAAACUGGAUGCUUUAAAUGACAAGUUUAUCGUUCUACUUGUAUGUGGUGUCCACUUUAUAAAACCUCAUUUAAAAUCAGAAGAAUAUAUCUUGAAAUAUAUAUGUAUAGAAUAGUUAUAUUUAGAAAAAACACCAAAGACCUAAAAAAUAAACGUUCAAAGUUCCUUUAUUUCUUUUUUUCCGGACUGAAAUUUUAAACAUUUCCUGUCAGUUUUAAAAGGUCAGUAACAAACUUUACUUUGGGUGUAUUGUGCAGAUCAUACCUUAUAAGAUUGGAUAGCAUGCCUGCAGUUUAUUUUGGCUCCAAAUAGAUUUGUGGAAAUCUUUUUUUAAGCCUCUUCUAGGGCUUCUUGAUUUUUUUGGAUUUUUUGUUGUUGUUGUUUUUGGAGCCAGUAACUUCUAAAGGAAACAUUUCUGCUUAAACUUGGACCUCUGUAGGUCCAGUUGGCUUUGGCCUCAGUCGUCACCAAUCAUACAAAGUAUUCAAACCCCUACAUUUUUACAUCAAAUACUGAUAAAAUCCCUUUUUUGAUAAAAAAAAGAAAAAGUAUUUUUCCAACUUCAUUAGGUCAAUGAUACUGCUUAGAUUCCACACAAGUAUUUAUAUCAGAUCUAUUAGAUUAUGAAAAUUGUAUAUUUUGUCUGACAUUAAUUAAAUGUACUCCUUUAUGCAACUUUAUGCUAACAUUGUUACUUUGCCUAAAAUUGACAUUUCUGUCUUAAAAGAGCAACUGUACUCAUGUAAAAGUUGCAUAUUUGCAUUUCUAUUUAGAACAAAUGCCCCAGAGGCUAAUUCCUACCGGGGAAAUUAUUCAAAGAUGCAGCUUUUUGUUGAACAGAGAAACUACUGAUGGGUUUCAUCCUUUAGUAUUUUCCAUUCCAUUUAUCCUUUAUUCUGUAGGUCACAUAUUUGUGCUAACUGUAUUAAAGAAAAUGAUUGGAUUGCACAUAAUUGCUGUAUAAAGAUUUCUCUGGUU